GCGGCGGCGGCUGGGCAGAGCUGGGCCGAGCUGCGGACGCCGGGCCCCCCGAUCCCCGCCAGGCUGCAGGCGCCGGGCCCGGGCCGUCAGGGCAGCUGUUACCCUUGCGUUCAGCGGGUGGCGAGCUGGGGGUGCUCCCGCAACCCCGUGCCCAGGAUCAUGGGGAAUGGUAUGACCAAGGUACUUCCUGGACUCUACCUCGGAAACUUCAUUGAUGCCAAAGACACAGAUCAGCUAGGCCGGAAUAAGAUCACACACAUCAUCUCCAUCCACGAGUCACCCCAGCCUCUGUUGCAGGACAUAACCUACCUUCGCAUCUCAGUGGCCGACGCCCCUGAGGUACCCAUCAAAAAGCACUUCAAGGAGUGUAUCAACUUCAUCCACUGUUGCCGCCUCAAUGGGGGAAACUGCCUUGUACACUGCUUUGCAGGCAUCUCCCGAAGCACCACCAUCGUGACGGCGUAUGUGAUGACUGUGACGGGGCUAAGCUGGAGGGACGUGCUUGAAGCCAUCAAGGCCACCCGGCCCAUUGCCAACCCCAACCCAGGCUUUAGGCAGCAGCUUGAGGAGUUUGGCUGGGGCAGUUCCCGGAAGCUUCGCCGGCAGCUGGAGGAGCGCUUCGGCGAGAGCCCUUUCCGCGACGAGGAGGAGGUGCGCGCGCUGCUGCCGCUGUGCAAGCGUUGCCGGCAGGGCUCAGCGAGCGUGGCCGCUUCCCCGGCGCCCAACUCCACGGCCUCGGAGGGGACCCUGCAGCGCCUGGUGCCGCGCUCGCCCCGGGAGGCCCACCGGCCGCUGCCGCUGUUGGCGCGCGUCAAGCAGACUUUCUCCUGCCUCCCGCGGUGUCUGUCCCGCAAAGGCAGCAAGUGAGGAUCCCGUCCCCGCCGUGGCGCCCCUCGUCCUCCCGACUGGUCCCCUUUCUGGGAUCGUCCGGGCUUCUCACGGCCUUCAGGAGGGGCCCAGCGCCCGUGGGAGCCGCGCGGCGGCCUGAUCCCUGCCCCUGCCCCUCUGCCCGCCUGGCUUGUCUGCGUCCGCAGUCCGUGUGUCCUCCAUCUGUGUGUGUGGCUCUGUGUCUGCGCCGGCUUGCUGCAGCCACCUGGUGCCUUAGUCCUUGGGCUGCGGGAGGGUGCACCCGCGCCUCCCCCCGCCCCGUCCCAUUGAAGGCGGCGGGAGUGGGAGUGGGGGAGGGGGAGGGUUGGAUGGGCCUGGAGGAUAUUAAAGAGACACAGAAGCUGCCGGUCUGAUCUCGUC